UACGUGUUGUUGAUUACGUUACUCGUUUUCGUGUCACGCGGUUUAUCGAAUCGUUCAUCCCUCGAGAUUAACAACAAUCAGAGAGCCUCUUCUAUCUCUUCCACAAGCCGAUAUACGAUAAACAUAUGUACUGAGUGUGUGUCGAGAGAAAUCAGGCUUUUCUCUCGUUUCUUCCCAUAUUCUACUCGAUCUUCCCCUUUAUAUUUCUACGUUUUUAUACUUGAUCGUACUGUUCCAUUUGGACACAGUCCGCAACUAUACGUCACAGUGUGCUCUAUGUGCAAUCAGUGAGAAAUUAGCCGGUGUUCAAGUUCGGCCCCCGCGUUCACCUCGGUCCCGUCGUCUCGUUCGUCUCCAUACCCUCCUGCCCCCCUCCCCCUCCCUCCCCCGGAUCCUCACGGUUGCUCUCGUCACUUCGAGAGCACCACGGCUACAUUUAUGGGGGCGUCGUGCGCGGUCAAGGGCAGCAAGAGCCACCCCUGUCACUGCUGCAGCCACCUCGCCAGUCCCGGCGCGAGCGUGCAACAGCAGCAGCAUCACCACCACCGCCAUCACCACCAUCAUCACGAGACGCACCACGCGCACCAUCAGCACCAUCAUCACCACCACCCCGCCGGGAAGCAACCCUCCGCCGAGCUGCAGCCGCAGAACAACAACGGGGAUUGCAACAUACUGGCACCGCUGCGCAGCAAGAUGAAGGUGUUGAAGAAACUAAAGCGCAAGAUGGGCCUAGACGCGUAGAAACGAAAAAUCCAACAAUUGCGUCAAUAGCAUUAAUCACGAUUACGCUCAACACAUGCGUCACCAGUUUGUCUCCAAGCUACUACAACUACCGUCCAAGCUCGAUAUCCUAGUUGCAAUUGUGCCUCGUGUCCUUUCUAACAAUAAACAUGGAAAAUUGAACUCGGUCACAGAUAGCUUUAAACCGAGUGUUGGAUGUACAUUUUCUAUUCCCAUUCCUCCAUUUUCUCUUCCCUAAUUUCGAGUU